UCAAAUUGCAUAUUCAACAGUGAUCGUUUGUCCUGAUUAUGUCUACUACCCCGACGACACAGUCUGAGCUCGGAGGCCAAGAUUCCUCAGCCAGCUCCUCGCGCUUCCAAGAACUCUGGGAGGGGGCCUUUCUGGAAUACAAGAAAGUUACGGGCUCGGACCUCCUUCGCUCACCGCUCUACAACCAAAUCCAAAAGGCCGAAUCCUCAGGGAAGGUUGCUCGCAUUCUCAAGGAACACAAGAGUAACUUUAAAGCUUUCCGCGCGCACGGCGAGAAGAUCAGAGCUAUUAUUGCGCCGAUCUUCACCCUCACCAAGCUGUUCACCGACGCUGGUGGCGAGAUAGCCGCGGCCUCCAGCGCAGUGCCCGGCGGCAAAGCGAUCUUCGCGGCCUUCGGGGUCUUUCUAGAGGCAUUCGAUAAGGUUAGCGAGCAAUACGAUGCGCUCGAGGAGCUUCUCUCGAGGCUUGGAGGCGUCCUUGGUCGUCUUGACAAUCACCUGCAAGCACGUUCGGUGCUCAACGAGCAGCUUAAAGGCGUCUUCGUCCGCGCACUUGUCCAGCUGCUCAACGUGUUCGCCAUCUGCACGAAAUACACCAAGAAGCAGAUAUCUGAUCGCACGGCUGUCUUCACGCGCAUGAAGGACUAUGGACGGGCCCUCCUUGGUAAUAAGGAUGUGAAAGAUGCUCUUGAGAAGCUAGACGAGCUGACUAAGGAGGAACUUCUGGCCACUGCGGCUCAGACGUUUGAUGUGGUGCAAGGUGUAGCCGCCAAAGUCGAGCUGGUUGGUGGUGACGUUACGGAAACAAAGGAGAAUGUCAAGGCUGUGCGCAGUGACCUGCGAGGUAUUGGAGCCAAAGUUCUUAAUUUGCAUUUGGAGUCUGUCGAGAAGGACAUUCGUGAUUGGUUAGCUUCCCCUGACCCAAAUCAGAACCACGAAGAGCGACGAACUUCAUAUUUGGACGGCACAUGCGUGUGGUUCUUUGACCACAACUGGGACAGGGAAGAGCAUUCUUUGGUGCGUAUGCAUUAGUGCUGAUAGCAUGCAACCAUAGCUCAUCUGUCAUCGAGCACGUCUCAUCCAUCCCCGGCUUGCACCUGGCUUACUUUUACUUUGACUACCGUCGCACCGAGAUGCAGACUGUGACUGGCCUGUUGGCAUCUCUGAUCUACCAACUUGCUACUCGUGCAGAACAG